AUGAAUACUGAUAAUCCAGUCAAGCAAGAGGAUGAGGGCUCUAAACGCAAGCUAGAAGAGAGCCCAAAUGGUCCAGUUGAAAAGAAACCUAAUGUGGCAAGUGUAAGCAAUGGUAGACAGAAGCGUCAAAUCAUUGUUCCCGCCUGUGAGCCCAAGAUUCACUACACUCCAUUAAAGACUGGUUUAUGUUAUGAUGUGAGAAUGAGGUAUCACGCCAAAAUUUUUACAUCUUAUUUUGAGUAUAUUGACCCACAUCCUGAAGAUCCAAGGAGAAUUUAUCGUAUCUAUAAAAUUCUUGCGGAAAAUGGGUUGAUUAAUGAUCCUACACUAAGUGGUGAAGAUGAUAUUGGCGAAUUAAUGCUUAAGAUACCAGUUAGGGAAGCUACUGUGGAGGAGUUAUUACAGGUGCAUACUAAAGAACAUCUAGAAUUUAUUGAGAAAACCUCGCAGAUGAAUCGUGAAGAACUUUUGAAGGAGACAGAGACUGGUGAUUCCGUUUAUUUCAAUAGUGAUUCUUAUUCUGCAGCUAAAUUGCCCUGCGGUGGUGCUAUUGAAGCUUGUAAGGCAGUCGUGGAAGGACGAGUGAAAAACGCUUUAGCCGUUAUUAGACCACCAGGUCAUCAUGCAGAACCUGAAAUGGCUGGUGGAUUUUGUCUUUUCAGUAACGUUGCAGUAGCAGCUCAAAACAUUUUAAAAAACUACCCAGAGAGCGUAAGAAGAAUUCUUAUUUUGGAUUGGGAUAUACAUCAUGGUAAUGGUACACAAAAGGCAUUUUACAACGACGACAGAGUGCUUUAUAUCUCAUUGCAUAGAUUUGAAUUAGGCAAAUAUUAUCCAGGCACCAUUCAUGGUCAGUAUGAUCAAACUGGAGAGGGUAAAGGUGAAGGAUUUAAUUGUAACAUUACAUGGCCUGUGGGGGGUGUAGGUGAUGCUGAGUACAUGUUAGCUUUUGAACAAAUUGUUAUGCCUAUGGCUCGUGAAUACAGACCAGAUCUGGUGAUAAUAUCUUCAGGGUUUGAUGCCGCUGAUGGGGACACAAUUGGUCAAUGCCACGUGAGUCCUAGCUGUUAUGGCCACAUGACGCAUAUGCUCAAAUCAUUGGCCAGAGGCAACCUAUGCGUGGCCCUGGAAGGUGGUUACAACUUGGAUGCUAUAGCAACCAGUGCUUUGAGUGUGGCUAAGAUAUUGAUAGGCGAACCACCAGAGGAAUUGCCUGAUCCUUCUAAGAAUCCUAAGUUGGAGGCCAUUGAAAUGAUAGAUAAAGUAAUACAUGUCCAAUCCAAAUAUUGGAAAUGUUUCAGAAGACUUGGCAAUUCAGGUUGUAAUUUUAAGGAGCCAGUCACAGAAUCGUUAAUAACCAAAAAUUUCCCUUUACAAAAGGCUAUACGUCAAGAACAAUUCCAUCAAUUAGAAAAAGAAUACGGUUUUGUCACCUUACCUGUGCCUAAGCUAGAACUCCCCGAAGAUACAGUCUUGUGCUCUCCCGACGUCUUCCAGGAAUCAACGGUUAUAAUCUUUGUGCAUGAUACGCCCGAGAUUUGGGCCAAAAGAGACGUAAUAACUGGUAUGAUAGAUCCUUCUACGUCCAUCACCGUGGACUCUCCACUAGAUUUCAUUAAAUGGUCGCUGGCACGCAAAUACGGUGUGAUAGAUGUGAACAUUCCUCAAUCACUUUUCGAACAGGACAAUUAUUCAGCUAUGAUAACUUCUCAAGAGGUAUUAAUUUACUUAUGGGAUAAUUUCGUGAAAUAUUUCCCGUCCUUAUCGAAAGUAGCAUUUGUAGGUGUUGGUGAUGCUUAUUCUGGUAUCGUACAUUUAUUGGGCCAUAGAGAUACCAGAUCAGUGGUUAAGGCCGUCAUAAACUUCGUUGGAAGGAAACAGCUAAAACCUUUGGUACCACUUGUUGAUGAAUCGCUAGGAGAUUGGUAUUUCAAGAACUCACUAGUCUUUUCGGAUAGAAAUAAUCCUUGUUGGGUUGAUAACGAGAAUAAAAAACCAAGAAGGAAAUUUGGUAGAGUUUUAAGGUGUGAGAGUGAUGGUAUAAACAAUAAUAUGGAGGAAAGGUUUGAUGAAGCAACGGAUUUUAUUCUGGAUUCAUUUGAAGAAUGGAGUGACAGUGAAUAG